UUUGUUCUGUGGCGUUGUUUUAAACAUUUUUAAGAAAAGAUAUAUUUUGUAUUUAGGGCCGUAGAAUGACAGCUUUUUUCAUAAUAUACGUAAUCCACAAUAUAUUUACUUCGACAACGCCGCAGUUCGAAUUGGUUUAUUGUGACCUAUAAGUCGACCUGCCUAAUUGCUAAAAAUUAAGUUAACCUAAAAAACCAAAUAGAAACAAUAAAAGUCUCAUGAAAAACAAAUAAUUUUUCAAUUUUAUUAACAAAGAAAACGUUUUGAAGAAAACAAUGGAAUCGAAUAAUGGUGUCACAGAAGAACGAGCAUACUUUCUGUCUGUAAUAAACACAUUCAAAAGCUACAGGGAACAAUCAUUAAAAAGGAUUCAAAACAAAGAAUGCAGUAUAGCAACUUUACCUUAUCACCAUAAGAAAUGGUUGGCAAAGUACCAAGAAGAUCUCGACAAACUUAAACAGUGCAUUGAUAAAAAUGCAGAAUUUAUACCUUUGGUUUUACAACAUGCUUACAACAUGUUUGAUAAUGUUUAUUCAAGCAUGGAGACUGCACCAACUGAUGAAGUUGGCACUUUAUCAGAAGGGAUUGACAAAGUCCAGUCUGUGUUCAAACAGUUAAUGAGAGAUUGGAGUUCCUUAGGAGCAUCUGAAAGACAACAGUGUUACUCCCCAAUCAUUGAAGAAAUUGAGUUGAAUUUUCCUGAAGACAGUUGUGAUAGAGGCGAGGUUGAAGUGUUGGUACCAGGUGCUGGUUUGGGUCGGUUAGCAUUCGAAAUAGCACUGAGGGGCUUCAAAUGUCAAGGCAAUGAAUUCAAUUUGUUCAUGUUAAUUGUGUCGUUUCAUGUAUUGAAUUUUUGCAAAAAAGUUGAUGAGUUCCUGAUUUAUCCCUGGAUUCACCAAUACUGCAACAAUAUCCGGGUGGAGGACCAAAUGGUCAGUGCAAGGUUUCCCGAUAUCAAGCCGACUACGCCCCGCGGUAACUUCUCGAUGACUGCUGGUGACUUCCUCGAGGUCUACACUGCAGGCAACGAGUGGCACUGCGUAGCCACGUGUUUCUUCAUUGACUGUGCACCAAACGUAGUGCAGUUCAUUGAAACGAUCUACGACAUCCUAAAGCCCGGAGGCCUCUGGAUCAACCUCGGGCCCCUGCUCUACCACUACUCAGAUGUGCGGAACGAGAAGAGUAUCGAACCGAGUUUCCAAGUGCUUUGCGACGUUAUCAAUAAGGUCGGAUUCGAUAUGGUGAAGUACCGCACGGGAGUGAAGACCAAAUACUGUCAAAAUCCAUUCUCAAUGCUCCAAUACGAGUACGACAGCGUGUUCUUCGUAUGUCGGAAACCUGACAUGCUCGCAAACGGCGUGAGCGACAAUUGACGAUAUCGUGAAAAGGAGUGGGUUGGGCGUAUGCGCGGGGUGGGACAUGAGAUUGUUCAAAUUUUGACCGCCUCUAGCAACUUAACUCUAAAAGUAUUUGCAACACUGAACAAAUCCUUUGUUCUCAUUUUAGAACAGGGAUGAAAUUAUGCACCAGAUCUAGAAUUGAAGACUUUCAUUAUUGAGCUUGAAGUUGUGUCAGUAUACUAGUCAGAAACCAGGUGAACUACGUGAUUAUAUUCUACACUAAUCAAGUUAAUUAGAUUUAAAAGACAGAAAAAUCUAAAUGCAAAAUAAAAACUUGACUUUCAAAUGAUACCACCCAAAAAAUUAUUCUAAAUCUUUUUUUUUAGUUAAAAUCUGUCAACUUGAAUCGAAUUAUGCAAUUUAAGUGAAAACAUAUUACCUGGGGGGUAAUUAUUAAUAUCAAAAAGUUGCUAAGUAUUCAAAUAUAGAUUAACAAUAAUUUGGUAAAAACAAUAACUGGAAUUAGGAGCAGUAAGUUUCUUACGUAGUACCAUUGUCCUUACCUUAGUUAUUACAGGCGUCAUUUGGAAUAAUUUCAACCUUUUUGUUUUUGUUUUAAUAUUUUUAAAACCAUAUUUACUUCAAAUAAUACACUUCACUGUUGAGAUAUGUAAGUUUGUGUCCCACCCCAUACUUUUCUGUGACAGUUUUAAAACUUUUAAGUUUCUUUUUGAAGAAUUUCAAUUUAAAUUUUUGAAGUAUUAGUGUCUCGUUUCCCGCCAUACUCGAAGAACAGUAUUUUUGUUCAGCUGCGAGAAAGAGAAUGUGUUUUAGUUUAAAUAAAUUUCUAUACAGUUCGUUAAUAUGUGUUUUCCUGUUACUGUUGCCAAAUUUACAAAAUUAAAUUAAGACCAAUCUUAGUUAUUGAAGUUUAAUAUAAUUUCGUAUUCAAAUAUAAUCUAAAUC